CGGGCACCGAGUCGUCUGGCUGGCAAGACUGCGGGCACCGAGUCGUCUGGCAAGACUGCGGGCACCGAGUCGUCUGGCAAGACUGCGGGCACCGAAUCGUCUGGCAAGACUGCGGGCACCGAGUCGUCUGGCAAGACUGCGGGCACCGAGUCGUCUGGCGGAACAGCGGGCAUCGAGUCAACUGGCGGAACAGCGGGUUUCGAGUCGUCUGGCAAGACUGCGGGCACCGAGUCGUCUGGCAAGACUGCGGGCACCGAGUCGUCUGGCAUUGGAUCGUCUGGCUCAACAGCGGGCAUCGGGUCACCAGGCAUCAGGUCAUUUGGCUCGCCAGCGGGCACCGCGUCAUCUGGCAAGGCAGUGGGCACUGAGUCACCAGGUACGACAGCGGGCUCUGAGUCAAUUGGCACGACAGCGGGCACCGGAUCAGGUACCGGAUCAUCUGGAUCAACAGCGGGCAUCGAGUCAACUGGC